AUCGUCGCUGCCACAGUGUGUCUCCCCGAUUGUACUCGAUCGGUUUAACUAAGCAGUAGAACAGUAAAGCGAAGGAGAGAGAAAGGAGAGAAAGAAAGAAAAAAAAAACUGAAAGAAUGGAAGUAAGAGAGAAGAGUGAUACAUUUCGGAAAGAGUUCAGUGUAGAAGGAUAAAGGAAAAGUGAGCCAAAUGCUAUGUUGAAACGGGCGAGUGUUGAGACCGAGUGACGCAGAGUGCUUGGAGCCGGACUAACAUUCACAUUAUAAAGUGUUGCAUACCUAUCUUGCAGGCUAUGAAGACCAAUCACAAGAAGGCGACAAAAGAGUUUGUAGAACAAGUUAAUGAGCUGCGACGGUCUCGGAACGUUGGGCCUCUGUCAUGGAAUACAGCUGUCAAGUUUCUUAUGGCAAGGAAAUUUGAUGUUAGCAGAGCUGUGAGUUUAUAUGAGCAACACGAAAUAACCAGACACAGGGAAGGCCUCACUCAUCUCAAUCCCUCGUCAGAUCCACUUCGGACUGAGCUCACCACAGGGAAAUUCACCAUCCUGCCGUGCCGAGACACCUCUGGGGCAGCCAUUGCAGUGUUCACCGCCCGGCUUCAUGACCCUCGUGCCACCACCCAGCAGACGACGCUGCAGGGAGUUGUCUACCAGUUAGACGCUGCUUUAGAGUCGAGAGAGACCCAACGAUGCGGGCUGAUUUUCAUCUAUGAUAUGAGCGAGUCUGCAUACCAAAAUUUUGACUAUCAGUUGUCACAAAAAAUACUUACUUUAUUGAAGGGCGGAUAUCCAGCACGCUUGAAAAAGGUACUGAUAGUAACUGCGCCUUUGUGGUUCAAGGCACCUUUCAAAGUUCUGCGUUUGUUUGUGCGAGAGAAGUUGCGUGACCGCGUGUACACUGUUUCUCUUUCUGAGCUUGUAAAUCAUAUACCUGGGGAUUGUCUGCCAGUAGAACUGGGAGGGAACCUCAUCAUUGACCACAACGCGUGGUUGUUACGGUGCCUUGCCUCCAUGCCCAACAGGCACCCGUCCCUCUUGUGCGAGUCUGAACUCCCUCUGCCGCCCCAGUCUGCCCUCUGCUCUCCAGGCUCCCAAAAGCACUCUACGAUGGUACCUACAGCAGACCACGAUCCAAAUCUGUCAUCGCAGGAUCAGUUAUGUCCAGAGUUCAGUGAUGAUGACCGGAGUUCUUGUGAGAAAAGCUUCUCCCAUGAUGAGGACGACUUGGAAGAAGCUGAUGAUCUAGACACAGAAGAAAGACUAUCUAGUCUGACGACUGUGGAGGAAAAGACAGCAAGUGAAGAUGGAAAGCAAAAGGAAGAUGAAAAUGAGCACAGCUCAAGUCUAAAGGAAGAAUGCUCCCCAGAGCCAGAUAGACAGAAUACUGUACAUCUUAAUGGGCAUGUCAUGCAUGACAAGGAGCGACUCAGUGGAAGGGUUUCUCCUCUUGCUCCGCCAAGCAGUGGAAGCAGUGGGUUUAGUGACGACGACAGCCUUCACUACGACGAUGGGCGGGGGCUUUCCCUGGAGGAGUUUGUGCGUCACUUGAGAGACAAGGGACGGCAAGGGCUCUACCAUGACUAUACACAGAUAAAGAGUCGACCCCCGGAUGGAACUUUUGAGAAUUCCAGGAAAAGAUGGAACCAGAUUAAAAAUAGAUACACAGACGUCCUAUGCUUUGAUCACUCACGGGUAGUUCUGAGUGCAGAGGAUGAAGAGGGGCACACUGACUACAUUAAUGCUAACUAUGUUGAUGGUUACAAGCAGAAGAAUGCCUUCAUCUCUACACAAGGUCCUUUACCUGGAACAUUUGGAGACUUCUGGCGAAUGAUCUGGGAGCAGAGAGUUUGUGUAAUUGUGAUGACCACCAGAGCAGUAGAACGAGGAAGAACCAAGUGUGGGCAGUACUGGCCAGUUGAACAGGAUGGUCAGGUGUCGCAUUCGCAUUUUACUAUCAAGAACACCCAUGUCUAUCAGUACAGGGAUUACACUGUGUCUGCUCUUACGAUUGUAGAUAAUAAGAGUGGUGAUGAGAGGAAGGUAGAACAUAUGCAGUUUACUUCCUGGCCAGACUAUGGUGUCCCAGACUCUGCAAUGGCCAUGCUAGAAUUCUUAGCCCAUGUUCGGGAAGCGCAAGCUCGCCUCACGUCAAGCCUUGGAGAUAAAUGGACUGGCCAUCCCCUGGGACCUCCCAUUGUAGUUCAUUGUUCAGCUGGCAUUGGUAGAACAGGAACCUUCUGCACCCUUGAUAUAUGCAUCCGCCGUUUAGAGGAAGUGGGAACAAUAGAGGUGAAGGGAACGGUGGAGAAAAUCCGCUCUCAGAGAGCCUACUCCAUCCAGAUGCCAGACCAGUAUGUGUUCUGCCACCUGGCUCUCUUGGAGUAUGCCUUACACAAUGGUAAAUUAGUGGAGGUUGACCUCACUGGCUUCGAGGAAGAUGGUUCUGAAUCCGAUUAAUUUAGACUUCUACUAUUGCAUAAGUGAAGGACAAUAAUAACUUGUUAGCCUUAUCUGUAUUGAAUUUUUUCAAGGCCACAGAAAUAUCACUUUUUAAAAAAAAAGGUGGGACCAUAUGGCUAAAUGACUACAUAUGUAUCUGGUUGUUUGGUGCAAGUGUCUACAAGUGAGUGUUGUAUACCAGACAAGCACGGGGAGAAACUCGUCUCGUGCCUGAAGAAGCAACAGUGAAUAAGGCAUGGUGGUGUGUGUUUGCAAGAAUGGAAACUUGGACUGCAACUUGCCAGACGACCAGAAGCACGUUACCUCUUUGAUAGCCACUAGGUGCUCCUGAGUGCUUUUGUUUGAGUGAUUGUUAUUGAUGUAAAUCCGAAGUCUUGAGUUUUGACAUUCACUGUUUGAUGUACAGAAAAAAAAAGAGGAAAAACUUUUCAUUAUUUAUUUUAUUGGGAUUAUUGUCAUUAUUAUUAUUGUGAUUGUUAUUUGAUCCUUAUUUCUUUCUUUUUCAUAAGCCUUCUCUCCUUUUGGGGGAAGGUGCACAUAUCAUAUUAUAUACAGUAAAUACAACUUUUAUACAUGACUCACGAAGUUCACAGUUUGAUAAUUCUUAUGUAUUUUUAUUGCUGAUAUUAUUCUUAUAAUUGUUAUUAUUAUUAUUAUUAUUAUUAUUAUUAUUAUUAUUAUUAUUAUUAUUAUUGUUAAUAUUGCUAUUAUUACUAUUAAUAUUAUUAUUAUUAAUAUUAUUAUUAUUGAAUAUUCUUAUCAUUAUCAUUAUUAUCAUUGUCAUUAUCAGAGUUAUUAUUAUGAUUUAUUAUUAAUUAUUACUACUAGCAUAUUGUUAAUGAUAUUACUGUUACAGUUACUGGUAAUUAUCAUCAAUAUUAUUUUACUUAAUUGAAGUACUUUCCAAUAUUCAUGGUGUCUGAAGUGCCGGCAUGUAUGAGAGAGUGAGAAAUAAUGGAAACACAAAUUAUGUAUUAUCAUUGGUUACACUUAAAGAUAUUAAGGGACGUAAAUCAUGUUAUCAUUCCAUUGGGAGGCGGGUAUGUGUAUCAGGCCACAACUAGAAUAUAAAUUAGACAGAUGUGCAAUUGCAGUGCAUUGGACUUAUGUACAAAUAUUUGAACGUUUAGGUGCCAAUUCCUAGGAAACGGUCGUAAUCAAAAUUACUUAAGAUGUGGAAAAUGAAGGAGAAGGAUGAUAAUGGAGGUAUAGUAUGAUGAAAGGAAAAACAAAAAUAUUUAGAAUUGAAUUUACAGCUAUUAUUGUUGUUAAUAUUGUUUUACUUAUUAUUAUUAUUAUUAAUUCUAUUCUUAUAGUUCUUAGUUGUUUUUAUAAUCAUUACUGUAUAAUUAUUAGUUUUUAUUAUUAUUAUUAUUAUUAUCAUCAUUAUUAGCAUUAUCAUUAUUAUUGCUGUUGUUUUUGCCAAAAUAAUGUACCAUGGAAGGAGUCAGCAUUACUGCCAUGCGAGAUCUUUUGUCUGUUUUUCAUAUUUCUGUUCCUCUAAAAGAUACUGCAGUAUUUGGAAAGAAGUUUCUGGUUGAUAGUUUAGAAACACUUUCGUUUUUUCCUUUAAAGUCUUGGUGAAUUUAGUUGGAAAAAUUCUAUUGGAAUAUGUAUUACCCUUAGCAGAAGAACUUGAAUAAGCCAAUGGGACACACUUUUGUAGUGUAAUAUAUAUAUAUAUAUAUGUAUGUAUAUAUAUAUAUAUAUAUAUAUAUAUAUAUAUAUAUAUAUAUAUAUAUAUAUAUAUAUAUAUAUAUAUAUAUAUAUAUAUAUAUAUAUAUAUAUAUAAUAUGUACACACACACAUGCACACACACGCAUACAAAUGCCAAAAUUAGUGAAUGCAGGAUGUACAAUGUUUUUUAUUCAGAAAUAUGGUCUUGAGCAGCCUUUCAGUGCUUUUAAGAAGUUUUUUUCAUGAGACACUGCCCUGGUUAAUUAUGUGAAGCCUUCGUCAUAAUCUCUUAAUGACUAAUGACAAAAGCAUUUAAACAAACAUCAGAUAGAUUUUGGCUUACUGUGAUCUUUCAUUGUUUAUUCUUUGUGUUGAUAGGUCAUAGAACAGGGAAAAAAUUAUAUAUGGAGCACGAGUAUGAAUUUCUUUAUUUAUAUAUUUAUUAAUUUGUUUUGUUUUGAUAUUUCCUGAUUGUGUGAAAUACAAUAUUAAAUUAACAAUGCCAAGUUAAGUUCUUUUUAUGAUUCAGUAAUUCAGAAAGACCUUGGUAUGUAUCAAUGCUGCUGAGUUGCCAGAUGCCUUUUUUCUUAGUAAAAUUUUACAUUGCAAUCACUAAUUUGGCUAAGUAGACCUAAACAUGCACAUGUACAUAUACAUACACAUAUAUGCAGACAUACACAUAUGUAUGACUAUGUAUGUAUGUAUGCAUGAAUGAAUUUGUUUAUUUAUUUUGGCAAAUUCGUCAGGUGUGUGUGUGUGUGUGAUUUGUCAACCGUUUUUAUGCAUAAUGGUAGUCACACUAAGCACUUCUUGUACUUCUAAAUUCAUGCCCACCUGCAGGGAAUUGACAGUCACUGCUUAGUUGAUUAGUCUUCACCUUCUCAUGCUGUUUUGAAAAGUAGUGAUAAGAAUGUUGCACUUCAAUUUUUUUUUAUUAUUUUUAUUUUUUUUUUUUAUUUUUUGCUUUACUGAAAAUAACGUGUUCCUUAGACGAUCUGAAGAUUGGUGAUCAUAACUUUUAGGUUUUCGUGAUGAAAUUAAACUGGCUCUAAUGAAUGGUACAGCUUUUAGGCUUGUUGCAUCUUAAAGUUUUGUAUUUGUGCUGUAAUCGGUACAAAGACUUCGACAGAGUAUGUGUUUCUUAAACUUCACAUUUGAUUAAAAAAAAAAAAAGAAAAGAAAAAAGAAAAAGGAAAAGUAAUCAUACAUUGUAACCUUCCAUCUCAGGGUGAAUUCCCCAUGUCUUUUCACUCGCGGACUUUGUUGUCGUUCCUUUUCUCGUAAUUUAGUUUUGUAUGACUAAUGAUUGCUCUUUGCUACUCUGCAUGUACAGUACUUUUAUCAAAACUAGAAAUAUAAAAGUUAUUUUUUCUAAAGAUUAAUAAAAGGAUUUUUUCUGAUCACCAGUAGGAAUAGACUGUGUGAAGAAAUGGAUUUGAACCUCGCUCACUCUUUCUCUAACAUAUGAGAUGUUAAUUUAUAAAUAAUGGUUGAAUGGAUGAUGAUGAUAAUUAUUGCAUUCAGCUGAGAAGGGGAAGAGAAACUGGUCAAUAAAAUGCAUAUGCUCUUUCCACGUGUAACUGAUAAAUUGCUGAUCUGAGAUGUUUAUUCGAUGUCUGUCGCGGAAAGAUCAGGAGGAGCACUUUUUAAUGUUUGUAUACUGCACUUGCCAGACAUUUUUCGGUUCUAUUUGGAUCAUCAUCAUCACUGGUAUUAUUAUUGUAUUAUUAUUUUUAUUAUGAUUAUACUUAUUGUAGUUGAUCAUAUAAUUAUUAUUAUUAUCAUCCUAAUUGUACUUAUUGUGGUGAUUAUAAUUAUUUUGUUGUUAUUAUUAUUAUUAUCAUUAUUAUUACUGAUCAUUAUUUGUUGUUUAUUAUUUUUUUCAUUCACUUCUACAACAGGUACUACUUUAAACUACCAGUAAUAAAAGGUUAAUUUUCAUCAUUCUUAUAACAAUAAUUCAUCUUUAUUUUUGAAUACAGUGGUGUUUUACAGCCUCAUGUGAUCAUUUGUGAGUAUGUAAUAACAAAUAAAAACAGCAUUAUGAGGGUAUAAUAUGUAAGUGUAAAUUGUGUACAUUGAUAAUGCUACAAAUAUAGUUGUUGUUUGUAAGCUAUUCUUGUUAAUAGUGUAUAUACUUUAAACAUACCUUGUAAAUCUUCUAUACAAAUAGGGAUUCCUUUUUGUGAGUUUGACUUCAAGCAUUUGGGUAAAUGUUGAGGGUAUUUAUGUGAGAUACAACCUAUGAUAUUCAGGAUUUGGUCACUUGUUCUUGCAUUGGCCUUGUUGGGGGUCAGUGGUGUUAAAGAUCCCAAGGGAAGAAAUGCAGUUGAUAUUGGUUAGGAAUGGCAACCCCGUUAUAGUUUUGGUCAGUGUGAUGUCUUUUUUGUUUUUUGUUUUUGUUUUGUAUGUUUUUCGCUCUUUCAGUAUUUGGAAGGGACGGUUUAUACACUUACCUAGAAUGAUCAGAAGACUAUUUGUUUUUUAUUUUUUUUUUAAUGUAAUUUUUUUUGUUAAAUUGUUUAUUGCUUUACUUUUUUUCAUUUUUUGGAUCUGGAUAAGGAGUUUUAUUUCCAGGUGAUAAAAGUGAACUACUUAGUUUUUAUUUUCAGAUGUACACUUUCUUGAUCUUCAGUUGUAAUAAACAUAAGGUACAAAACUAUUAGGUAAAGAUUAUUGUGGCCUAAGAAAAGAAAAAGAAAAAAUAUCAGAAUAAUUGUCUAUAGCCAAUAUUUAUUUCUCCUGCAAUGAGAAUACAUACGUUGUACGACCAAGAUUUUCGACUGAGUGUGGGGUAUACCAUGGAAUGCAUCGCACAACUCAAGUGUAUGAGUGUCAGGUGUGACUCAUCACCAAAGAUGUAACUUUUUAUAAUACUUUUGUACAUACUAGUCAAAUAUCUAAAUAAAAUCUUCUUUCUAAAA